CAUCAAUCAACAUGAUUCAAAUUGGGAACGGUAGCUGAAAUUAAGAGCUACAACAUAUCCAAGUUUCGCGACAUUCCAACGGCUAGUUUUUUGUCGACGUUGUUUCUUGUGAAGACGACUUUUCUGUCCAGAAUUUCGGAUUUAUAUUUUGACAAAGGGGGGCUGAAAUUCGUCAUUUCUCAAGGAGAAGAUGAAUGAGAGAGGAGGAGAUGCUAAUGGAAGAGGAGCUGUAGCUGAGAAGGCAAGUGAGCCGCCGCCAUCAAAAGUUGAAGCUUUGGAUGGCUCCAACUAUGAGGAAUGGAGCGGACGGAUGAGGAGUGCCUUCAAACGCUACAAGCUACUGAAGAUUGCUGUUGGGGAAGAGAAGAUGCUGGAAGAAGGCGAAGCACGUGAACGGUGGAUUGAGAAAAGCGCGGUGCUUUUCGACCUCAUCCUUCAAUCGGUCAACAAGGAGAUGUUCGAGCACAUCAAGGAUCUUGUGGAAGCGGAUGAUUCGGGUGCACAAGGUGAAGGUGCACAAGGUAACGCCUAUCCUGGGAUGUAUCUCAUGGUUGAGGAUGUGCAUGGGCAUGAGGGUGAUGUGGGAUCUGUGGGAAAGGUUGUGAUGCACCCUCUCACGCACUGGGUGAUUGAUUCAGGUUGCACCAGUCACAUGACUCCACGGGCAGAUUUGCUUGAUGAGGUUAAGGGAGCUAAUGGGGAGCUUGUGGGGCUUGGGAAUGUUCUGCUGGUUAAAGGCUUGUCUGCUAACCUUCUCUCUGUGCGGCGACUGCAGAAGAGUAAGGCCGAAGUGACCUUUGGACCAACCAGCUGCCGUGCUAAGCUUGGGAAGAAGGUGCUGUGGAGUCUGGAAGAGGAGACCAGCUGCAUCAAGGACCUGUGGCAGCUGCCCAUCAUCCCUUGGAAUGGGAAGACUCCAACAGCAGCAACGGCAGCAGCGGCAAAGGCAACAGCAGGAGGAGAUGCAACUGCACCAACUGAUGGGGUCCUGGAAGCAUUCAAGAAAGAGCAGCAGACACAUGGUGAGGUGCUUGCUGGUGUGGAUGCGAGUGCGGCAUGGGCUAAGGCUUCAUCAAGGAGUGGAGAGGCCGAUUGGGAGACAUGGCAUGAGAGGUUGUGUCAUGUGAACUUCCCUAUGCUGCAGAAGUUGGUGAAGAAUGGGAGCCUCAAGGGCUUGGAGGUGAAAGGGGAAGUGAAGGAGAUUGGGAGCUGCCCUACAUGCUUGGAGACCAAGUUCUCCAAGUUCCCCUUCAACAGCACUACAGGACCAGCCAAGACCCCACUUGCACUUGUGCACAUGGAUGUGGUGGGGCCCACAAGAGCCCCUUCCCUCUCAGGCAGCCGCUAUUUCUUGACAAUUGUAGAUGACCACACUCGGGCAGUGUGGGUUUACCCUUUGAAGAGCAAGGGGGAGGUGGCAGCGGCUGUCCUUAAGGAGUGGAUGCCUAGAGCUCAGAGGGAAUGCGGACACAAGGUGAAGGUGAUCCGCAGUGACAAUGGUGGGGAGUUCAUUGGAGCUGAUUUUGAGGGGGAGUUGAAGAGGAAGGGGAUCCAGCAUCAACUGACAGUGCCCUACAAUCCGCAGCAGAAUGGCGUGGCUGAGAGGUUCAACAGGACCCUGCAGGAGGGGGCACGCACUCUCCUUGGGCGUGCAGGGCUGCCUGAUCCGUUUUGGGUGUCUGCACUGAGGCAGGUCGCCCUUGUGAAGAAUAGGGUGCUAGCUACAGUUGGGGAUAAGGAGUGGAUCCCAUAUACCAAGUGGUAUGGGAGUGCUCCAGCUGUGAAUAUGCUGAGGGCAUUUGGGUGCAUGGUAGUGUUUCAUGUGCCUAAGGAGAAAAGAGGGAAGUUGGAGGCUUCUGGAAGAUGGGGUGUGCACUUGGGGAUUGCAAAGGAUCACAAGGGAUGGCUGCUAUGGGACUUGACCACCCAGAAGCUGACAGUGUCAAGGGAUGUGAAGUUUCUUGAGUCCCUAUACUAUAAGGAAUGGAAGCAGCAGCAACAGAAGCUUCCAUCUACACCACUCAUUGUGGAGGCAGAUGAGUUGCAGCAGCCUUCAAGGCAGGUGGAGGUUGCAGUGUCUGAGGAGGAGAUAUCUGGGGUGACUGAAGAAGGGGGAGCAACUGAAGUGGAGCAGCAGCAGCAACAUGAGUCUCCACCUCGAGUUCCACACCCGCCUGAGCGACCUAGGAGGGAUGUGCGCCCUCCAGUGAGGCUGACCUAUGGGGGAAGAGGCAAGCCGAAUGUGGUGCAGGCUGGGAGUGUGGUUGAGCAGAUUGAGGAAGAUGAGAUCGCUCACUGCUACUGGGCACCAAUCCCUGAGCCCAAGACUCGAGAGGAGGCCUUGAAUGGACCAAAUGGGGAGAAGUGGAAGGCGAGUGAGGAUGAGGAGUUCGGGUCCCUGAUUGAGAACGAGACAUGGGACGUGUGUGACUUGCCUCCUGGGAAGAAGGCAAUCACUUCCAAGAUGAUCUACAGGCACAAGUAUGGACCUGAAGGGGAGCUGACCCGCUACAAGUCUAGGCUUGUGGCACGGGGGUUUCAGCAGACAAAGGGGAAGGACUAUGAUGAGGUGUUUGCUCCUGUGGGGAAAGGAACAACACUUAGGGUGCUGUUGGCGAUAGCUGCACUCCUGGGAUGGAAGAUACGGCAGAUGGACAUUGUGACUGCCUUUCUGAAUGGGAUCAUUCUUGAGGAGGUGUACAUGAAGCAGCCAGAGGGGCUGGAUGAUGGGAGCGGCAGGGUCUGCAGGCUGAAGAAGGCCAUCUAUGGCCUUAAGCAGGCGCCUCGUGCAUGGUAUCACAAGUUGGAGGAGGCGCUGUUGGCUGGGGGUUUCAAGAAGAGUGAGUAUGACCCCAGCCUGUUCCUGCUGCAGGAGAAGGAUGAAAUCCUCAUGCUCUUGGUGUAUGUGGAUGAUAUCCUUCUCUUUUCUGCAUCCACUGCUUUGCUGGACAGCGCAGAGCAGAUGCUGGAGAUGCAGUUCAAGUGCUCCAAGAUGGGUGAGGUGAAGUACUACCUGGGGAUGCAUGUGGAGAGAGAUGUGGAGAAGGGUGUGCUGAGGUUGCACCAGAGGAAGUACUGUGAGGGGCUGGCUGAGAAGUAUGGGCUGCAAGAUGGGGGAAAGCCAGCAACACCACUACCUUCGGGGUUCACUGUGGAGCCAUGUGCUGAUGAGGAGGUAGUGGGUGAGAGUGACAGGAAGCUGUUUCAUUCGAUGGUUGGGUCGCUGAAUUAUGCUGCAAAUCAUACACGGCCUGACAUUGCAUUUGCUACAUCACGGUUGGCUAGUGUGGUCUCACGCCCUAGUCAUGAGCAGCUGGAAGCGGCCAAGAGGUUGGUCCGCUAUGUGAGCGCUACGGCAUCAGUGGGAUUGGAGUACAGUGGAGUGAGGCAGCGGUUGCAGAGAGGUGCUGCAGAUGUGAAGAGUGGAGAGAUGCUCUUGAGUUGCUAUACUGACGCUAGCUUCAACUCAGUGAAAGCGGAUGGCACCAGCAUUGGGGGUUAUGUGUGCUUGCUAGGAGGUGGUGCUGUGAGCUGGCGCAGCAAGAAGCAGAAUGAGGUGGGAUUGUCCUCAUGUGAGACUGAGUACAUGGCCUUACACCAUGGGGCCAAGGAAGUAGUGUGGCUAAGGCGUUUGUUGGAGGAGUUGGGAGUUGGUCAGGAGGAGCCGACAGUUGUGUUUUGUGACAAUGAGUCCGCUGUGAAGCUCGCCAAGAAUGCUUGUCUGCAUGGGCUGACAAAACACAUAAGGCCUAAGUGGCAUUGGGUGAGGAGACUCCUUGAUAAGGAGGUGCGGGUGGAGAUAGUGAAGACCCAUCAGCAGGCAGCAGAUAUUUUCACUAAGCGUCUGGCGGAGGCGGAUCAUUGGAAGGGCAUGAAGCUUGCUGGGAUGAGUGUGCAUUGAGUAUGCAUGCUUGAGAUGUUGGUAUGGUGGAUGAUGGUUGGCAGCCAGAGGGGGAGAUUGUUGUGUGAUGUCAUCAUAUGCUAUCACAUUCUGUCUGCCUCCCAUCUCUUGUUUCAAUUCGUAUGUAUGGUUUGACUCUGUGUGAAAGAAUUUGUGUGUGGUGUGUUCUGGAGUUUGGGAAUGUGUUUUGUGUUAUUUUGUUUGAGCAGGUUUUUUGUGAUGAUAG